AUGAAUCAUUCGACACUGUCUAUGAUUAUCAAUCAUUUAGAUCCAAUAUUUCGACGUAGUACAUACCGCAAUAGAGAUGUUCUGAUAUUUGAGUCAUUGGAUCAGAUUUCAUGGAUUCGAAUGAUGAUGAUUCUUCUAUGUAUUACUAUUGGAAUUGGUACAUUCAUCGAUCUAAUCAUAAAUUGUAUUAAAUACCGACUUAUCUUAAAGCAAACCAUACUCCAUCGAUUAUUAGUACCCGUACUAUUAGUAUUAAAUAUUCUAUUUCAUGUCGCACAUUAUUCACAUAAUAUUUACAAUCCAGCUGCAUAUUAUGAACCAAAAAAACUUUAUUUAAAAAUUUUCUUUACUGAAAUGGAACCAACUUUUCUCUUCAAUUUUCCACUAUCGAUUGUAUUUAUUAUUGCAAGUCGAAAACUAUUGUUAUCGUGUACUAUUGGAUAUAAUCGAUCGAUGGCUAUGCCAAUGAUAGUCACUUUAUAUAGUUUAAUGUCAAUGAUUAGUGGCGGACAUUAUACGUAUGAGCCAUUCAAGAAUUUUCCAUUCAUAUGUCAUAUGACUAUUGCAGGUGAAACGAUAAUGGCAUUUUUCCUCUCGAUUAUUGCAUGGUUUAUUCAUCUAACAACAAAUACAAGUAAAUCAACGACGUUUACAUAUAGUCGACUGACGACACAAGAGACUGCAGGCUCGUCUAUCCAAAGGUCAAUGAAAAAACAUCGAUCCUUAAAACACAAAUCAAGUGACAAUACAUCACUGGAUGACGAAUCAUCUUGA